AUGGGCUCAAACCAUGCGAUCAUCUUCGGCGCAUCCGGCAUAACUGGCUGGGCUCUGGUUAACCAACUCUUGGGUCCCUACCCCGAUGCUGGCACGUUCUCCAAGGUCACUGCUAUCACCAACCGCCCCCUCAACCUCUCCGAGACUUGUUGGCCUGAGUCAAACUCGCAACGACAAGACCUGCAGCUCGUCUCAGGCAUUGACCUUCGUCGAGGUGAUGGGACUACACUGGCAGAUACUUUAAAACGCACAGUGAAAGAUGUCGAAAGUGUCACCCAUAUCUACUACCUGGGUAUGUCCCCAUUGGAAUAUCACGAAGUGCAAAACUCAUCACCAGAAGUUUUCACCGCAGUCGGAGACAUUAGCGAGGAAGUCGCAACAAAUCGGAAAAUGUUUAAGAAUGUCAUCGACGCCCACAGUUUGAUCAGCCCCAAGCUGAAGUUUGUGACAUUCCCGGGUGGGACACGGGGAUACGGUACUUACUCCCCUGGUGGCACGUUCACUCCACCCUUACACGAGGAAAUGGUGAACGAUCUUCCAGUAGAUUACGCAAAGACUGUCGUAUAUACAGAGCACCGCAAGCUUCUUGAUGCUGCGAGCAAGGGCAAGAACUGGACUUGGUGCGAAAUUGGUUUCACGCCGAACGGCUCUCAGUACAGUUUAUCACUACAUUGGGCCCAGUAUCUGUCUCUGUGGGCCUAUAACCAUGGAAUCGGACCCUAUACACCUGGAACCAACAAAGCCGUCGAAGUACCUUUCCCGGGCAGCGCGGCCGGUGCCAACUCGUUGUUCUCUCCAGUAUCUAGCAAGACGAUGGCACGGUUCAUGAUCUAUGCCUCGCUGCACCCAGAGACCUGUGGUAACGGCCAGCUAUUCAACAUUGCCGACAACGAGACGCCAUGCAAGUAUGGUGAGAUCUGGCCCCAUCUGGCAAAUUGGUUUGGCCUGGUGGGCGUGGGACCCACUGAUAUCCCACAAUCUCUUGACAACACGUUGAAAGUUGGCGAGGUCCCUGAAACCACGCCUUCUGUUAUGCCCGGGGAGUAUAUUGCCAAGCACAGGGACAAGUUUGCCGAGUGUGGACGUCCCAAUGCUGUCAGUGGAGGCGUUGGUGUGGGUAACCGGCAGCUUGACAGCGUGGGUUACUGGUUGACUUUUGACCGGCAAUUAAGUUUGAAGAGGCUGAGGGGGACAGGGUUUGAGGGGGAUAUUGAUCCUGUUCAGGGCUGGCUUGAAAGUUUCAAGAUGUUCAGAAAAGCCGGAUUGAUACUCUGA